GACUAAUCCGAGUUAAAACGGUCGGCCUACCCACCUACUCGAUCGGGCCAAUGGGUUAAACCGGUUUGACAACCAACAUUAUUCUCUGGCCAGGCAGCUCUUUGGUCCCAAAAAUAUAACCUUGGGAAUUUGUAGUACGCCCAGUCAUCACCAAUCAUUCACCACACGCCCCACCUUCCUCAGUCUCGACUCGAGUCUCAUCCACCAUUCAAUAACAUUUUGCAUCCUCUCCAACCAUGGCCGCCGCCGCCGCCGACCGCAGCCGCGAUUGCGUGGAUCCCAACAGCGGAUUCUGCCGGAAGACCAAAAUCUUCCACAGCCUCCGGCCUCCCACGCCUCUCCCUCCGGCCGACGAGCCCCUCUCCCUCGCCCAUUACGCGACCUCCCUUCUCCGCACCUCCCCCACCGUCACCGACCUCUCGUCCGCGAGCUUCGUCAUCGACGCCGCCACCGGCGCAGUUCUCACCUACGCUGCCUUCCUCCGCCAGACUCGAUCCCUCUCCCUCGCUCUCAAGCGGCUCUACCCUUCCCUCUCCCCAAACGACGUCGCUUUCAUCCUCUGCCCGGCCUCCGUCCACACCCCCGUUCUCUACUUCGCACUCAUGACCCUCGGCGUCGCCGUCUCGCCUUCCAACCCUCUGAGUUCCGAGUCCGAACUCGCUCACCAAAUCCAACUCACUAAACCUAAAAUCGCCUUCGCCACUUCCCAAACAGCCCCGAAGCUUUCUUCUUCUUCUCCGCUUCACUUCCCCACCAUUCUCGUCGAUUCCCCUCAAUUCCUCUCUUUAUUGACCGAAUCCACAAUUCUUCCCGCCGCCGAACCCUCCGCCUUGGGACCCAGGCAAUCGGACACCGCCGCGAUUCUUUACUCGUCGGGAACGACGGGGAAUGUGAAGGGAGUGAGAUUGAGUCACCGGAACAUGAUCGCACUCAUAUCCGGGUACUACCACAACCGGCAUCGGCACGACCCGGCCCAACCCGACCCGCACCCGGUGGCUCUCAUGACGGUGCCGCUGUUCCACGUCUUCGGCUUCUUCAUGCUGGUGAAGGCCAUCGCGAUCGGGGAGACGCUGGUGCUGAUGCAGAGGUUCGAUUUCGAAGGGAUGCUGCGGGCGGUGGAGAAGUACAGGGUGACUUACAUGCCGGUUUCUCCGCCGCUAAUCGUGGGGAUGGUGAAGUCGGAGCUGACCAACAAGUACGACCUGAGCUCGCUUUUAGUACUGGGCUGCGGCGGGGCCCCGCUCGGGAAGGAUGUCGCUGAGAAGUUCAAGGAGAAAUUCCCCGACGUGGACAUCAUCCAGGGAUAUGGGUUGACGGAGAGCGGGGGAGGGGGAACGAGAAUGAUAGAUGCGGAGGAAAUGAAGAACUACGGGUCGGCGGGUCGGAUCUCGGAGAAUCUGGAGGCCAAGGUUGUGGAUCCGGAGACAGGGGAGGCUCUGGGUCCUGGCCAGAGAGGGGAGCUUUGGUUGAGAGGCCCAGUUAUCAUGAAAGGUUAUGUUGGGAAUGAUCAGGCAACUGCUGAAACUCUGGACGCGGAAGGAUGGCUGAAGACUGGUGAUCUUGGCUACAUCAACUCUCAAGGGUACCUCUACAUUGUGGACAGGCUGAAGGAGUUGAUCAAGUACAAGGCUUAUCAGGUACCACCUGCGGAGUUGGAAGCGUUGCUUCAAUCCAAUCCCAAAAUUGCAGAUGCUGCUGUGAUCCCGUAUCCGGAUGAUGAUGCGGGGCAGAUCCCCAUGGCAUUCGUGGUGAGGAAACCAGGUUCCCAGCUUACGGAAGCUGAAGUGAUGGACUUUGUAGCAAAGCAGGUUGCGCCGUACAAGAAAAUCAGGAGGGUGGCGUUCGUCAAUUCCAUUCCAAAGUCGCCGGCGGGAAAGAUCCUGCGGCGGGAGCUUGUUCAACUUGCCGUCAGUGGCCCGGCAUCCAAGUUGUAAUCAUUUUUUGUUCAACUCAUAGCAUGUAAUAAUACAAUACAAGGACGGGGGAAAUAAAAGAAAAGGAUUGAUGGAAGGUAUAAGAGGUGGGUUGGAUGGAGAAAGAUGCAAUGCAAUGCGCUCAUCUCUGGCUAGUUCACGGAAAAGAAUGAAUCCACGUGCGCGUGCGUGUGGUCAGACCUAGCAGGCAGAAAUUUGUGCUUUUGUAGGCUGUAGCCACUCAAAGCUUCUCGAGUCAUGUGCAACAUAAAGCAUGUGGGUCAAUCUUGGCAGCCUCUGACCACUUGGACUUGGAUUGGAGUGGAGUGGAGCACAACCUGGCGUGACAACACCAAACAACUGGAUCCAAAUGUGCCACCCGGUUCUUAAAAGAUACUAUUUUUUGGAUAAAUACUAAUUUGUCAGAUCUCUUCCUCAUUUCGAAUAUUAAGAAUAUCUAUUAAAAUAAAUAAUAAGUCAAAAU